AUGGAUGAAGAUGACAGCCAAGACGAGCUGAUCAACCGUGCUUCCAUAAACAAAGGGAAAAGAGCUGCGGCAUGGACCAUCUCUGAUGAUUCUGAUGACGAUGGAUCAGAAGAGUUAGAGUCACAGAGUGAAGAGGAUGAAGAUGGACCAUUAGAUGAGGAAGGUGAUGAAGAUGAGGAGGAAGAUGAAGAGGAAGAUGAUGAUGAUGUGCCUAAGGAGGAAGGUGCAUGUGCAGGGACCUCAGCAGAAGCAGAGGUGAGCUCUGACGAAGAGGCAGAGAAAUGUGCCAUCUGCCUCCAUUCAUUUAACAGACAGCCUGUGGCCACACCGGAGAACUGUGAGCACUACUUCUGUCUUGAUUGCAUCCUUGAAUGGUCAAAGAAUGCGAACUCUUGUCCAAUAGACCGAACUAACUUCAAAGUUAUAUAUCUAAGAACAUGCUUUGGAGGCAAGGUGCAGAAAGCGAUCACUGUACAAAAGCCUGCCAAGCAGUGUGAGGAGGAGACAGUAGAUGUGGACCUAGAGGAGACGAGCUGUGAAGUGUGUGGAGGAAGUGACCGUGAAGACCGGCUUUUGCUUUGUGAUGGGUGUGAUGCUGGAUAUCACAUGGAAUGCCUUACACCACCACUUGAUGCUGUUCCAGUUGAAGAAUGGUUUUGCCCAGAAUGUGAAGCCAAUAACCGCCAAUCAAGAGCUUCAGCCACAGAAACAAGUGACACAGACAGCCUUCCUUCCACUGCACGUCGUGCCUCUAGCCGUGCUCACACUCAAGUUGGCCAGACCCGAGCUAUUGCCCGCACCCAGCACAGCGAGAGAGUUCGAGCCAAUGUCAAUCGCCAUCGCAUCACACAGGCACGCUCUCAGGAGUUUGCUCCUACAUAUCUGAUACGAUCUACCUGGCUGGAUGAGACCAUAAAUGCUGUUGUGGCGGGUCUAAACACUGCAGAGUAUGUACGAGAUUUAACCUCUCGACCUUCAUCAUCACGGCGCUGUAAAAGAAAAGUCAAAAGGAGAAAAACUUCAAGUAUAAAGGCAAAAGCAGCUGGUAAGGGAGUCAAGAGGCGAAAAAGGAGAGUGAGAAGGACAAAAUCCAGGAGGAAACCUGUGUUGAAAAAAUCGCUCAAUGCUCGACCAUCAGAAAGUACUCUGAGCAAUAUGAGGGCGGAUAUUGGUGCAGCUUCUCUAUCCAUCUAUGGAGAUCCAUUUGAUCUGGACCCUUUUACAGACCGUGAAGAUGAAGAACAGAGCCACGAGUCUGCACUGCUAGAAGCCAAGAGGCGUGGCAUCUCACGCUCUGCCUUCCGCUCUCAUCAGCCUGUGGCUCGCCCAGUUGGUCUCUCCAGAAGGUCUGUGAGCAUUCCACAAGUGACCAGUGUUGUUGAAGCAACUCCUGUACCUGAUCUGCUGGGCAGCAUACUCUCCGGGCAAAGCAUGCUUUUAAUGGACAGUUCAGAUGUGGUUAUAAAUCGUGACGGUUCGCUUAAGGCUACAAAGCCAAUGAGUUUAACCAACACAAUAAGACAAGACAUCGAAAAAAAGAAGACGCUCGCUGUCCAAAGACGAGAAGAGAACCAGGUCAUCUUCCACCUCCAGCAGCCGGGAGCGAUCGAGGACCAAGAAACAUAA